UAAACCCAAAUUUCAUUUCUGAAUCUCACUUCUCCUUUCUUCUUCCUCUCAAAACCCUAAACCUCACUCCACUUCACUUCUACUCUCACCUUUAAACUAGGGUUUUAGCAGUGCACCAACUGCUACUCCCAUAAUGUAUCUCUACAGUCUCACUCUCCAAAAACCCACCGGCAUACUCUGCGCCAUCAACGGCAGCUUUUCCGGUGGCAAAGUACAAGAAAUCGCCGUCGCCCGGGGAAAAGUCCUCGACCUCCUACGCCCCGACGAUAACGGUAAGCUCCAAACCUUAUUAUCCGUCGAAAUCUUCGGCGCUAUACGCUCCUUAGCUCAAUUUCGAUUAACCGGUGCACAAAAAGAUUAUAUUGUAGUCGGGUCGGAUUCGGGUCGGAUAGUGAUAUUAGAGUAUAAUAAAGAGAAGAAUGUUUUUGAUAAAAUUCAUCAGGAGACUUUUGGGAAAUCGGGUUGUAGACGGAUAGUUCCGGGUCAGUAUUUGGGUAUUGACCCGAAAGGUAGGGCUGUUAUGAUUGGUGCUUGUGAGAAACAGAAGCUUGUGUAUGUUUUGAAUAGGGAUACUGCUGCUAGGUUAACUAUUUCAUCGCCUUUAGAAGCUCAUAAGAGCCACACAAUUACGUUCUCGAUUUGUGGGGUUGAUUGUGGAUUUGAUAACCCGAUAUUUGCUGCGAUCGAGUUGGAUUACGCGGAGGCAGAUCAGGAUCCUACUGGCCAGGCCGCAAAUGAGGCUCAGAAGCAUUUGACAUUUUAUGAAUUAGAUUUAGGGCUUAAUCACGUGUCAAGGAAGUGGAGUGAACAGGUUGAUAAUGGUGCUAAUUUGCUCGUGACCGUACCUGGUGGUGGGGAUGGUCCGAGUGGUGUGCUUGUUUGCGCGGAGAAUUUUGUGAUAUAUAAGAAUCAGGGACACCCUGAUGUUAGGGCUGUUAUUCCCAGAAGGGUGGAUUUGCCAGCGGAACGUGGGGUUUUGAUUGUUUCAGCUGCUAUGCAUAAGCAGAAGUCAAUGUUUUUCUUUCUUUUGCAAACUGAAUAUGGAGAUAUCUUUAAGGUGACAUUGGAUCACGACAAUGACAGGGUUAAGGAGUUAAAGAUCAAGUAUUUUGAUACAAUUCCAGUCAGUUCUUCGCUGUGUGUCUUGAAGUCAGGGUUCCUCUUUGCUGCGUCAGAGUUUGGGAAUCAUGCAUUGUAUCAGUUUCAGGCGAUAGGAGAUGAUCCUGAUGUCGAAGCUUCAUCAUCGACGUUAAUGGAAACUGAAGAAGGUUUUCAGCCUGUAUUUUUCCAGCCAAGAAAGCUAAAAAAUCUUGUUAGGAUCGAUCAGAUUGAGAGUUUGAUGCCAAUCAUGGACAUGAAAAUAGUAAAUCUUUUUGAGGAAGAAACUCCACAAAUAUUUUCACUUUGUGGGAGGGGUCCCCGGUCUUCGUUGCGCAUACUUAGGCCAGGUUUAGCUGUUAGUGAAAUGGCUGUGUCACAGCUUCCUGGUGUUCCUAGUGCUGUCUGGACUGUGAAAAAGAAUGUCAAUGAUGAGUUUGAUGCGUACAUUGUUGUAUCUUUUGCGAAUGCAACUCUCGUGCUUUCUAUUGGUGAGACAGUUGAAGAAGUUAGUGACAGUGGGUUUCUUGAUACUACUCCAUCUCUUGCUGUUUCAUUGAUUGGUGAUGAUUCAUUGAUGCAAGUUCAUCCCAGUGGAAUAAGGCAUAUCAGAGAAGAUGGCCGUAUUAAUGAAUGGAGAACUCCUGGAAAGAGAACUAUUGUCAAGGUCGGAUCUAAUAGGCUUCAAGUGGUAAUUGCACUAAGUGGAGGGGAGCUUAUAUAUUUUGAAGUGGAUAUGACUGGCCAGCUGAUGGAAGUCGAGAAGCAUGAGAUGUCAGGUGAUGUAGCUUGUCUGGACAUUGCCCCUGUUCCUGAGGGAAGACAAAGGUCCCGUUUCCUUGCAGUUGGAUCAUAUGAUAACACUAUUCGUAUCUUGUCAUUGGAUCCUGAUGACUGUAUGCAGGUU